UCGUUAUGUUAAAUUCUGUCUCUGACCUUCAAGGCUACAUUGACAAAAGCCAACUGACAGAGGACUUAGGGGGAACUCUGGAAUAUCGCCACAGCCAGUGGAUCAGUCAUCGAACUGCCAUCGAAAACUUUGCCUUGACAUUGAAGACCACUGCCCAGAUGCUUCAGACGUUUGGGGCCCGCCUGGCCGAGACAGAGCUGCCCAGAGGCGUGCCGUCUACUGCAGAACUGCUCAUGUCCCACACAAAGCAGCGGGACAAGCUGCAGGAUGAGCUAAAAUUACUUGGAAAUCAAGGGGCCACAUUGCUGUCAUGUAUUCAACAACCAGCAACCAAAAGUCCCACCAGGAAACUCAGUCCCAAUCAACUUGAGAAUGUAGCUACCAUGGAAAGGUUACUAGUUCAGUUGGAUGAAACAGAAAAAGCCUUUAGUCGGUUUUGGUCCAAGCACCACCUGAAGCUUAGUCAAUGCCUGCAACUACAGCACUUUGAGCACAAUUUUUGUGAGGUUAAGCUUGCCCUGGACAACUUGUUGGCAGAGCAAGCAGAAUUUACAGACAUUGGAGACAGUGUGAUGCGUGUGGAGCGACUUCUUAAGGAACACAAAAAACUGGAAGGAAAAGGCCAGGAGUCCUUGGAAAAGGCCCAGCUGCUUGCAACAAUCGGGGACCAGCUCAUCCAAAGCCACCACUACGCAGCGGACUCCAUCAGGCCCAAGUGUGUGGAGCUCAGGCACCUCUGCGAUGACUUCUUCAAUGAAAACAAGAAAAAACAUGACAUUUUAGAAAAGUCUUUGGAAUUACAUAGACAGCUGGACAAGGUCAGCCGGUGGUGUGAGGCGGGAAUCUACCUCUUGGCUUCCCAAGCUGUAGACAAGUGCCAGUCUCGAGAGGGUGUUGACGUUGCCUUGACCGACAUCGAGGCAUUCCUGGACACAGCGACGGAGCAGCAGCUGCCCAGCCCCAAGGAGAUUUACAACCAGUUUGAGUUGAUUCUCACCCCUGAUGUAAAGGCCAACACCCAGAAAGUCCUACAGAAGCUGGGAGACGUACAGGAAAUUUUUCACAAGAGGCAAGUGAGUCUGAUGAAACUGGCAGCCAGACAGACUCGUCCAGUGCAACCUGUGGCCCCCCAUCCUGAGUCCUCCCCAAAAUGGGUGUCACCAAAAACCAGCCAGCCUUCCGCCAUGGCUCCUCUUCAGAAAACAUCUGCAGAACCUUAUGCAGAGACAGAUUUGGACUCCCUGGUAAAGGAAGAUGACAAGACUAAAUAUGAAGGCAAGAAUGAAGAAAUACUUGAGUGCAGUCAUGAUGGGGAGAACCUUGAGCAGGAGCAGCCCGACAGUCCUGAAAAUCUUUCCCCCGGCAGGUGCCUUAUACGUGACUUGCUUGAGGCCGAAGAGGUUUAUAUAAAAGAAAUGAAGAGCAUAAUUGAUGGAUAUAUCACUCCAAUGGAUUAUAUUUGGCUAAAGCAUCUGAUUCCAGACGUUCUUCAGAAUAACAAGGACUUUCUCUUUGGGAAUAUCAGAGAACUCUACGAAUUUCACAACAGGACUUUUCUAAAAGAAUUGGAAAAGUGCACUGAGAAUCCUGAACUUCUGGCUCGUUGCUUUCUCAAGAGAAAAGAAGAUCUUCAGAUAUACUUUAAAUACCAUAAGAAUCUGCCCCGAGCUCAGGCAAUCUGGCAAGAAUGUCAAGACUGUGCCUACUUUGGGGUGUGCCAGCGCCAAUUGGAUCACAGUCUCCCUCUUUUCAAGUAUCUCAGAGGCCCAAGCCAGAGACUGAUAAAAUACCAGAUGCUGCUGAAGGGUCUGCUGGAUUUUGAGUCUCCUGAGGAUUUGGAGAUAGACCCAGGCAGCCUAGAAGGAGGUUCGGCUAAGGAUGGGCCAAAGAGGACCAAGGAUCCCGCGUUCUUGGCGGAACUGCAGCAGGCUUUGGCCAUGAUAGAGGAGUUGAUCCAGUCCUGUGAACUGGCUGUGGACCUGGCCGCGGUCACUGGAUGCCCGGAGGACAUCGGAGAACUGGGCAGGCUGCUGAGGCACGGCGCGUUCAGCGUCUGGACAGUGCACAAGGAGCGCUCCAAGGUGACGGGUUUCAUUCGCUUUAAGCCCAGCCAGAGGCAGCUCUAUCUGUUUGAAAGGGGAAUCGUGUUCUGCAAGAUACGGAUGGAGCCCAGUGACCAGGGCCCAGCCCCUCAUUACAGCUUUAAGAAGUCUAUGAAGUGGACGACACUUUCAAUUCACCAACUUGAAAGGGGGAGCAACAGAAAGUUUGAACUUGUCGACCGAAAUGGACUUGAGAAAUACAUCCUGCAGGCAGCUUCCAAGGAAAUCAGAGAUUGUUGGUUUUCGGAAAUAAGUAAAUUAUCGAUGGAACAACAAAACAAUAAUAAAGAUGUUUAUGAGGAUGAAGACAAUGGCAGACAAACCUCCCCCGAAUGCUGCUCCAGCGGGGCGUGCAUCUCCGUGGAAACCUUUGAAGACGGUGAAGGGGCAGAAGAUAUGGAGAAGGAGAGCAGCGCUCUGGGUCUCUCGGGGCUUUUCCAGUUGGACGACAGUUUUGGCACCUGUUCCCCCACGUCUGCUCUGGACGCGGGAGAACGCAUCCAGGGAGAAAAGGGAGGCGAGGAUCAGAGGGACACGCGAGUGUGAACGAGGAAGGAAGUCACCGUGGAAGAAGCCAGCUACCGUGUUGAGAAGACACUGAAGCUGCCCCAUGACGAGACCCACACGCAGGAACUGAAGCCCCACG